AUGGUACCUGAGGUUGAGGUGAGAGACCUCAUCAUUUCUGAGUUGCAGAGUUAUAAGCGAGCUAGGGGGAGGUUAUUUUCUUCACCAUUAGCUAUACGAGGAAGAACCACCCAAAAACCAAGUUCAUGGUGGGAAGAUUGGGGUGGAAAUACCCCAAAUCUGCAAAGGCUAGCCCUUAGAAUUUUGUCUCAACCUUGUAGUACUUCUAGCUGUGAGCACAAUUGGAGUUUGUUUGAUGCCAUUUACACGAAGAAACUUUAUAAGUUGACUCGACAACGCCUCAAUGAUCUAGCUUUUGUGAAAUACAACCUUCGGCUUCGCACAAGAAAAUUGGAGGACCAAUCAGAGCAACUUAUUGAUUUGGAUGAGAUCGAUCCCUACAAUGAUUGGACUGUGCAGGAUUAUGACUCCUUGUUUACAGAGGUUGAGGCUGAGGAGGACUCAUUACCAUCUAGCAGCAGGGUGGAGCCGCAGGCACAAUCUUCUAGGCCAAGCAGGGAGCCACAAUCAAGUGUGAGGAACAUACUAGAACGGGGAAAGAGGAAAUUGUAA